AUGUCUCCUCCGCCGCCACCCUCCCUGUACCUCCUCCUCCCGCUCCUCCUCAUCGUCUCCGGCGCUGUGCCAGCCGGCAGCAGUUGCAGUGGCGGGGCCGAAAGCUGCGGCGACCUCCUCCUCCCGUUCCCCUUCCACCUCAACUCCUCCGCCGCCUGCGCGGACGCCGAUGGCAACUCCUCGUCCCUCUUCCACCUCUCCUGCGACGGCGGCGGUGGCCACAAUGCCACGCUCACCCUCACCCUCGGCGCUGCGGCCUUCCGCGUCCUGGAGUUCCUCCCCUCGGGCUCGUCCGUCCUGCUCGACUACGCCGCGCCCGCGGCCCCGCCGUGCGACCCAGGGUACGCCGCGUUCUCGCGCCCGUCCUCCCCAGCGGCCGCGCUCGACGCCGCCGCGUCCUUCCUCGCCGUCGCGCCGGCCAACGUGCUCCGCCUCUACGCCUGCGAGGACUCCUCGCUCUGCCGCGCCGGCUGCGACGACGUCGCCGCGCCGGCCUGCGCCGGGAAGAAGCCCGCGGCCGCCGGGUGCUGCUACCCGCUCUCCGACGGCAGCGUGUGGAAGCCCGGGGACGGGCUCGGCGUGUUCGCCGGCUUCGGGUGCCGGGGAUUCUCCAGCUGGGUCAAGAACCGCUCGUCGGCGACGGCGGGCGUGACGAGAGCGAUCGAGGUGGAGUGGGCCGUGCCGAGGGGCAGCGCGCUCGCGGCGUGCGCCGACGGCGCCAGGCUCGUCAACUCCACGACGGUGCGCGGCGGCGUGCGGUGCGCAUGCACGUCUGGACUCGUCGGCGACGGCUUCGCGCACGGCACCGGCUGCUCCAAGCGGCUCGAGUGCGGCGAUGGCGACGGCACUGCUUGUUGCCAGGGAAGGUUCUGCUCCAAGAAGGCGGUGGCGCUCGCCGGCUUCUUCGUAUCGGUGUUCUUCCUCGCGGCAGCGGUCUCCUUCUGGCUGUUCCUCCGCCAGCCUUCCGGCGACGAGAACCAGCGGUGGGAUCUGGACCCGGCGUGCAUCCCCAAGAUCCUCGGGGGCGUGUGCAACGCGAGGCAGUUCACGUACGAGCAGCUGGACGCGGCGACGAGGCGGUUCGAGGACGGCGGCGAGAAGCCCGUCGACGCCGAGGGCGCGGUCCACGCCGGGGUGCUCGACGACGGCAGCGUGGUGGCCGCGCAGAGGAUCGGGUACGAGACGCAGGACAAGCUUCGGGUGGCCCUCGACGCGGUCUCGCUCCUGCCCGAGAUCUCCCACCGGAACAUCGCCCGCGUCGUCGGCUUCUGCCUCCCGGAGGACCCCGGCGCGCGCGCGCUGCUUCUGGUGCACGAGCACUUCGCGGGCGGCACGCUGGAGGACCACCUGCGGCGGACGGUCGGCGGCAGCCGCGCCACGCUCGGCUGGUACCACCGCGUCAACAUCGCCAUCGAGCUGGCCAGCGCGCUGGCGUACCUGCAGGCGCACGAGACGGCCCCGACCUUCCUCCACGACCUCCGCUCCAGCGACGUCUUCCUCGACGCCGACCUCAGCGCCAAGAUCGCCGGCCACAAGCUCGUCUCCUCCACCCCGGCGGCCACCAGCUACCACCACCACUACUACGGCUCGUCGUCGUCGUCAACGGCCGGGGCGCAGGAGCAGGACGUGGUGUGCAACUUCGGGCUGCUGCUCAUCGAGCUGCUCACGGGGCUGCGGCACCAGAACCCCUUCGACUCGGUGGCGCCCAAGGUGAGGGAGGGCAGGCUCCACGAGGUGAUCGACCCGACGCUGCUCCUGGCGUCGUCGUCGGGGAAGAAGAGCCAGGGGCAGCUGCCGGCGGCGGCGGAGGAGGUGCGCAAGGUGCUGGAGCUGGCGGUGCGGUGCCUGCUGAGCGCCGAGAGCGGGGUCGGGAUGGUGGCGGUGGCGCGGGAGCUGAUGCACCUCGUCAGGGACAACAUGGGGAGCAGCAGCAAGAUCGAGAUCUCCCUCGAGGAGACCUUCUCCACCUCCAGCCUCCUCCAGAUGAUCUCCAUGUCGCCCGACACCCUCCACCGCCACCUCCCGUGAUGCAUAGACGACGAUGGAUCAUCAUCCGGCGAUGAUGAUUAUCCGGCGUAUGCAAAUGGGCUUGUUAAUAUUCAGUGUAGAGUGAAGCUCGUCUGUACAUUCAGUGCACACCUGUUCUUAGUCUGGUUGGGAGCAGAGCAUGCCUGAGGGUACUCUGCUCAAAAGAAUUUCCCUGAAAACAUCUCAAAUAAAAAACUUGUUCCG